AUAAAUAUUUAUUAUUUUCGAUAAUGAUUAUCAUCACUUUCAUUAAUAUGAAAAUUUUAUUAAUUUGAAAAUUUAAUUGAUAUGAAAAAAAUUUCGUAAUGUGAAAAAAAUAUAAUAGCUUGUACAAAAUUGUAAAACAAGAAUCGAAGUAAAAACUCGAUUAAAACGAUAGCUGCAUAUCGCUUUUGUUUUGCCUUGUCUGACAUUUUUAGUUUUAUUAAAUUUUUAUCCAAAGGCAACGUUUUAAUUAGGACAAAGUGUAAUGUAAUAACGAGGAAAACUCAAUUAGUUAUUUAACAUCAUAACGACGAAAAGAAAGAAGAAAAAAAAACAAAAAAUAGCAAAGUAGCAUCGACUGCCAAACAUCAAAGGAUAUCAUCAAUUUAUAUCCUCCAUUUCUUUUCCUCCUUUUAAUGUUCCUCCAUUUUAAAUGAAUGUGAAUAAACGAGCAAAAAUACCAAUUAUAAAAUGCGAUCAAUACCAAGAAUCGCAAAUAGAUCAAGAAAAAUUCCAGAAAGAAGAGAAUUAUUAUGGGUAUGCGUUGGACACGCUUCCGCCGGAAGUUUUGGAGAUGAUUCUUCGAUUACUUCCUCUUCAUGAUGUAGCCACUACCGUGCGUUUGGUUUCUAGACAUUGCUCAACGGUAGCGGCUGCAGUUUUAAAUGGAGCUUUUCUUACCGCCUGCACGAAAGUAGAAGGAUUGAUAAGACGUAAUGAAGAGCUAAUGAAAAAUGCAAAAACAGAUACCGAAUUAUUGGCUUAUAGCAAAGCUCUGAAUGCUCUAGAAUUGAUUAAAGCGCAAUAUAAAAUGUUACGAGCCGUGACGUGGAGAUAUACACAUCCACCAUCGAAGCAACAAAAAUUUUCGCGACUUUGUUUCUACGCGGGCAGUUUACUUGACAACCUGAAUGAACUUCUUAACCGAAUUGCAAACUAUCACCCAUCUAUUAUCGGUCCUCGUACCUCGGAAUCGAGUGUCACUUCUUUUAUAGCCGUCUGUAAACGAUUUAUGAAUUUUUUCGAAAAAGUCUCUGAGCGCAGGGUAAACAGGUGAAUUAUUUUAUAAAAGGAUAUUAGCCUUGGUACUACGAUUCAAAUUUUUAAUCUUUUUUUCUCUUCGGCCAUAUGAUAAAAAAUAUUGAAUAAUUUCAAACGAAUCUUAAUAUCUCAACUAAUCCAUAAAAAUUUAAUUUUUUCCAAUUAUUUUUAGUAUACAGAAAAUAAUUUCUAAAUUUUGCUUACAUUUAUGGAUUAAAAUGUUACGCGACGAAAUAAUAUUAGUAGAUCGGCCCUAAUCUCCGGAUGCAAGGUCGUAGAUGUUUUGGAUUGUCUCGUAGAAGGUCGACAAGUACUAUUUUUCAAAGUAUCAUCUAACAGAAGAGGUCUCGGUGGAGCUGUAAGCAUGAAACUGAAAUACACAAUGAAACGUGCUUGGUUUACCUGUUUAGAAGUUACAAAAAAUACCGAAGAGAACUCUUGGAGGGACGAACAACGUUUCAUGUAUCUUCGAUUACGACGUCUAGUGGGUAGUGUGAACGAGCAUCUCUUCGAGAAUUUACAUUACGAACACGAACUACUCUUACAGGUUACAUUUACAAAGGCGAGAGAAACAAAG